AUGGAAGAGGUCAUUGCAGGGCUGGAGGGGUUCACCUUCGCCUUCGAGAAGGAUGUGGAGAUGCAAAGGGGCAUCGGACUCUUGCCUUUCCAGGGCAUGGACAAGUCAGGCUCAGCUGUGUGCAACUUCUUCGCUAAAGGGCUCUGCGAGAAAGGGAAGCUCUGCCCGCUCCGGCACGACCAAGGGGGGAAGGUGGUGGUGUGCAAGCACUGGCUGCGGGGUCUGUGCAAGAAGGGUGACCAGUGCAAGUUCCUGCACCAGUACGACGUCGCCAGGAUGCCCGAGUGCUAUUUCUACUCCAAGUUCGGCGGCUGCAGCAACAAAGACUGUUCCUUUCUCCACGUGAAGCCGGCUUUCAAGACCCAGGCCUGCCCUUGGUAUGAGCAAGGCUUCUGCAAAGAUGGUCCUCUGUGUAAAUACCAUCAUGUCCCCAGGAUAAUGUGUAUUAACUACUUAGCUGGCUUCUGCCCCAAAGGACCCAAGUGCCACUCUGCGCAGUAA